AUGAAUCACGAGGCAGCAAGGCAACAAGGUUUCGCAGUGCCGAGAAGACGCUACCUUCCUUAUGAAAACAGGAUGAACAGAGGUCCAUCAAAGUGGUCAAGAAACCUGGUUUGGACGGCAUCAGAUGGCAACAGGCCAAGUAAGAAUCGUGGGCCGGUUUCAUGUAUAUGCAAGUUUUGGAAAGCCGGAAACUGCAAGAGGGGCGAUCAAUGCCGGUUUCUCCACUCUUGGUGUUCCUUCCCUGGAAUGGCCAUGGUUGCUUCUCUCGAAGGACACGAGGCGGAUCUAAAGGGCAUCGCCCUUCCCACGGGCUCAGAUAAACUCUUCUCAGCCAGUGGCGACGGUUCGUUGCGCAUAUGGGACUGCCACACCGGCCAGUGCGUUCGUACACUCAACCUCCAGGCAGAGGCAGGGUCUCUAAUCAGCGAAGGCUCAUGGGUGUUCCUCGGCUUGCCCAAUGCUGUGAAGGCCUUUAACGUUCAGACCAGUAGAGAUUUGCAUCUUGACGGGGUCGUGGUUGGUCAGGUCCAUGCUAUGACUGUUGGAUAUGGAAUGCUCUUUGCUGGGACAACUUCUGGUAGCAUCUCUGUCUGGAGAGUUACUGACACCGAGUCUGAUCCAUUUACAUACCUCACAUCCCUCGAGGGAUAUCACAGUGGCCCAGUCACGUGUUUUAUUGUCGGAGAACAUCGACUAUACUCUGGCUCUGUGGAUAAAACGAUAAAGGUGUGGGAUCCCAACACACUGGAGUGUAUAAUGACCCUGAGGCAGCACACGGACACUGUCACGUCUCUCUUAUGCUGGGACCAGUAUCUGUUUUCGUCUUCGUUGGAUGGAACCAUCAAAGUCUGGGCUUGUUCUGAGGAUGGCAGCUUGGAAGUUACUUAUACAAGCAGACAAGGAGAAAAAGUGCAUGCUCUUGGUGGGUUGACCGACGCAGAGGCCAAACCGAUGCUGUUCUGCUCUUACCAAGGCGGAGCGGUCAGCAUCGUCGAUAUACCAUCUUUUCAAGAAAGAGGAAAGAUGUUCUCGACGCACACGAUCGGCACACUCACAUUUGCUCACGGCGGACUCUUCUUCAGUGGAGACAAGAGUGGGAAGCUGCGUGUCUGGAGCUUAGCUGCCACUAAAGAAUCGAGCGAGAACUGA